AUGGCCGCCCCAAGCCUUCGCUACCCUGAAAACGCGGCUCCCCUCGAAGGGGAAAGGAGUGCAGUUCAAUCUCGUCUGAGUGAUCUCCAAAUAGGGACGGAAAGGGUCGUUUUAUCACGGUCCCGCUGCAUUGUGGUUGUCUUUUCUUCUUCUUCUCCUCCCCGUCCUCUUCUUCUUCCUCUUUUUUCUUCUCCUACUUCCUCUGCUCUCCUCUCCUUUCUUCUCCUCUCCGUUUCCUCAGGUCACAGCGGAGUCAAUCAGCUUGGUGGUGUCUUUGUCAACGGGCGGCCACUGCCGGACUCCACCCGGCAGAAGAUCGUAGAGCUAGCUCACAGCGGGGCCAGGCCGUGCGACAUUUCCCGAAUUCUGCAGGUGAUCCUCCCAGAGCCACCCCACUCGCCGCCCCCGCGGCCCUCCACUCUGAACACCCUCUCUUCAUUUCUUACUGUAUCCAACGGAUGUGUGAGUAAAAUUCUGGGCAGGUAUUACGAGACUGGCUCCAUCAGACCCAGGGCAAUCGGUGGUAGUAAACCGAGAGUAGCGACUCCAGAAGUUGUAAGCAAAAUAGCCCAGUAUAAACGGGAGUGCCCAUCCAUCUUUGCUUGGGAAAUCCGAGACAGAUUACUGUCCGAGGGGGUCUGUACCAACGAUAACAUACCAAGUGUGUCAUCAAUAAACAGAGUUCUUCGCAACCUGGCUAGCGAAAAGCAACAGAUGGGCGCAGACGGCAUGUAUGAUAAACUAAGGAUGUUGAAUGGGCAGACAGGAAGCUGGGGCACCCGGCCCGGUUGGUAUCCUGGGACUUCGGUGCCAGGGCAACCUACACAAGAUGGCUGCCAACAACAGGAAGGAGGGGGAGAGAAUACCAACUCCAUCAGUUCCAACGGAGAAGAUUCAGAUGAGGCCCAAAUGCGACUUCAGCUGAAGCGGAAGCUGCAAAGAAAUAGAACAUCCUUUACCCAAGAGCAAAUUGAGGCCCUGGAGAAAGAGUUUGAGAGAACCCACUAUCCAGAUGUGUUUGCCCGAGAAAGACUAGCGGCUAAAAUAGAUCUACCCGAAGCAAGAAUACAGGUAUGGUUUUCUAAUCGAAGGGCCAAAUGGAGAAGGGAAGAAAAGCUGAGGAAUCAGAGAAGACAGGCCAGCAACACACCUAGUCAUAUUCCUAUCAGCAGUAGUUUCAGUACCAGUGUCUACCAACCAAUCCCGCAACCCACCACACCUGGUAAUUUGAAAUACAACUACUACUACCAAAUGUGUUUCGACCUGGCCCUGACUUUCAUGGUGACUAUCUCCCAUGUUUCUCUCCCUGCAGUUUCCUCCUUCACAUCUGGCUCCAUGUUGGGCCGAACAGACACAGCCCUCACAAACACAUAUAGCGCUCUGCCGCCCAUGCCCAGCUUCACCAUGGCGAAUAACCUGCCUAUGCAACCCCCAGUCCCCAGCCAGACCUCCUCGUACUCCUGCAUGCUGCCCACCAGUCCGUCAGUGAACGGACGGAGUUAUGAUACCUACACCCCACCUCAUAUGCAGACACACAUGAACAGUCAGCCAAUGGGCACCUCCGGCGCCACUUCAACAGGCCUCAUUUCCCCUGGUGUGUCAGUUCCAGUUCAAGUUCCUGGAAGUGAACCUGAUAUGUCUCAAUAUUGGCCAAGAUUACAGUAA